AUGGACGACGAUGAUUAUGACGACUGCGCGAUUAUUACUGGCUGUAGCCCUCCAGCGAGCGAAGUGGCUCAGCUCCCACCAUUGAUCGAAUUCAAGCACACAAAAACAAAAACUCAAGUCUUUACCCACCGUUCAUUUUCAGCGAGGCCAAACGCCGUUUUUGAAGAUCCACCGGACAACAUUGCUCCGGACAAUGAAGUCCUCGAGUUCGUGGGAGAUUCUGUUCUCAGUCUUGCUGUUGCGUCUCUCAUACGAAUUACCUAUCCUGGAUUACGUGUUGGGCCUCACGCAAAAAUCCGGUCAUUAGUCGUUCAAAAUGCCACAAUCGCCCAAAUCUCGCAGCAUUACCGUCUGGCGGACAAUUUGCGAGCGAAUAGCUCGCAACUUGUCAGUCUUCGGUUUUCUACAUACGUUCAAGCUGACCUGUUCGAGGCAUACGUUGGUGGACUGCACGUAGAUUGGGGUUACGAGCAUAUUCGCACAUGGCUUUAUCGAGUUCUCACACCAUAUGUCAAAGAGGCUUACAGUAUCGUCAAGGGUGAAUACGUGGAUGCAGACUCGUCGAAAAGGCGUUCGUUACCGUAUACAGUCAACAAGAGCCCAAAGGAAGAUUUGUCCAAUUCCCCCUCUCGGCGUCACUCGCAGCAACCUCAUGGUGAAAGAAACGAGAUAACUGUACAUACAGCCAUGGUUCCUCCGGCUACCCCCCUUUAUGCACCUCCAACGCCGUUAUCUCAAGCCUCGAACAGCCCCGGUAGACAAAGAGAUCCCCUCCAGAGUAUAAUGGAGGACCCACUGGAUUAUAGCAGAAACUACAUACCGUCCCCGUUGUCCAGGCCCGACUCUGGCUAUCCUUCUCCGAAUUUGGAUGUCAGCGGCGGGGGUGGAGGCGCGGCCGAAGGGCACCUCCCACUCCUCAACCAGGUAAUACAGCAUGCGAAACGAUGGAUUGACUGGGAUUGGAAACCUGCCCCAAAUUCGUCCCCGACGACACCAAUCUGGGAUGCUGUCGGGACCAUGUCAAAAGUCAAGAUUGCCGAGGGUCGGGGGAACACGAAAAAAUUGGCCAAGAACGAUGCGGCGAGGAGACUUAUUGGCGAACUGCAGACGCGAUUGGGCAAAAAAGCGGUUACGACGGCCAGUUUGGCCAAAGAAUUGGAACGAUAUCAUAUGGAAAAACAGACAAUUCCUCUCGAUACCCUCAAGCAAGACUCGGACGUCCUCUCACGACUAGAGCAACUUGGGCUCAAUGACGACAUGCCCCCGUACACGACACCUCCAUACCGACCACUGUACGGCGCCUAUUAG